GGGACCCGAUCAUCCCAACUUACCAAGACUCUGCAACUAAAGCUCCGCCAUGUCGCACACAGAAAACUCUCAGAAAACCCAAACCCACCAAGCUCGACUUCUCAAAUCUGCAAUAGCCUCAAGGCUCAUCCUUCUCACCUUAAUCAUCUUAUGGCGAAGCCUUCUCAGCCCCUACGAUACCUCCGCGCCUCUAAAUCCAAAUUGCUUAUCAAACGUCACCUCAACCCAUCAUGCUCAAAGGGACCAUCUUCUUUGGCCUUCCAUGGCGUCCGCAAUCGAAUCCAGCAUUGUCUGGGACGGCGUCUACUUCGUCCGCAUCGCCCAGUGUGGCUAUGAGUACGAGCAAUCAUACGCCUUCUUUCCCCUCCUUCCCAUUUGCAUCUCCGCCUUGUCGAGGACAGGUCUGGCCGAAGAUAUAUGAGUCUUGAUUAUAUCCAGUUUGGAUUUUCAACAUUUAUCUUCAAAAUUAUAAUGUUUGCUCCAUUGGUUCCAGUUAUGGGUGAAAGAGCUGUUUUGGGUUUAACAGGCUAUGUGAUCAAUAACAUUGCUUUUGUGUUUGCAGCGAUGUAUCUAUAUUGGCUUUCAGUUACUGUUUUGAAGGAUCGCGAUGCAGCACUUAGAGCUUCUCUCUUGUUUUGCUUCAAUCCAGCAUCAAUAUUUUAUUCCUCCAUAUAUACUGAGAGUUUGUAUGCUUUAUUUUCAAUUGGAGGAUUGUAUCACUUAGUGUCUGGGAACAACAAAAUUGCAGUUCCUUGGUUUGCUCUCUCUGGAUUUGCUAGGUCUAAUGGCGUGAUUAAUGCUGGUUAUAUCUGUUUCCAAACCAUGCAUCAGGCAUGUGAUUCUAUAUUAAGAAAGAAGGCUUUUUUGACCAUGAAGAUUCUUACUGGUGGAGCCUUGCAUUGUAUAUUUAUUUUCACCCCAUUUCUUGCAUUUCAAGUCUACGGAUACAACAAUAUUUGUGUGGGACAUUCUCCAGAUAAUAUGAGGCCAUGGUGCAAAGCAAAGGUGCCUUUGUUAUACAACUAUAUUCAAAGUCAUUACUGGGGAGUCGGCUUCUUGCGGUACUUCCAAUUUAAACAGUUGCCAAAUUUUCUACUUGCAUCUCCAAUUUUAUCUCUUGCACUUUGCUCAAUUGUGAAUUAUGCAAAGUCAGAGCCUGAGAAGUUUUUCUCUUUGGGUUUCUGUGCUUCUACCAAAGAUAAGAAUUAUGCAGCGGUUCUUUUCAUUCCUGAGGCAAGUCUGAGAGCAAACAUCACUAUAGAUAAAACCUCUUCUAAGAUACAGGAUAAAAUCAAUCUUAGACCAAAGAAGCCAAGGAUGAAAGAAGAUUCUCCUGCUCUACUCUCUGAAUCCUCGGAUAAAAUAGGAUACCUGUCUGUGUUUGUUCUUCCGUUUAUUCUGCAUCUGGGAUUUCUGGCAGCAACAGCAUUUUUUGUCAUGCAUGUGCAGGUUGCUACUCGUUUCUUAUCGUCUAGCCCUCCCCUUUAUUGGUUUGCUGCACACAUAAUGAAGUCUCUUGAUAACCGGAGAUGGGGAUAUCUGAUCUGGGCAUACUCUGCAUCCUACAUUCUUCUCGGAAGUUUGCUCUUUUCUAACUUCUACCCUUUUACGUGAACUCUCACACUACUGUUACCUCCUUAGAGCUUCUCUUUUGAAGGGUUAGUUAGCCUUACUGAAGUGAAGAUCUAGCUUCCCUUAAUUGAUUGCCCAUGGAGACUCAUUUGGUUAUGAUAAAUACUAAAUACCUUAGUGAAGAUCUAACUUGUCUCGAAGAAAAAUUCUUAUAACAAUGACUACCAAUUCUUAUAUAUUUCAGUUUCUUUUUUUUAUUACUUGUUAGCAAAGAAUAGAGUCAACUCUGGCUUGUCUUGAGCAAGUUGUAUUUUUGAGCAUAUGAUUGAUUGAUAUUUUAUUAUAUUUUUUGUGUA